AAAAUAUUAUCAAUAAUUACUUUUCUGCAUCAGCACCUACUUGUUCAAUGUUCUUCGCGCUCGUCUUUUAGUUGUAAAAUUUGUCUACUUGUUUGUUGUUUUUUCAUUGGCGAUUUAACUAAAAAAAUGAAGUUCAAAAGCAUUAUUAAAAAUAGAACUGCAAAAAAUGGAAUUUUAUUAACGGCCUAUGCUUAUACGGCAAUGCCAGUGGUAUUAGCCAAAGAUGAACAAGAACCUAAACUUGUCAGACCUAAAGAUUUAUCAAUAUAUCCUGACGAAUCCAAAGAAAAGAAAAUUGAAAAAGAAAAUGAUUGGCAACCAACAUUAGCAUUAGGGUCAAUUCAAAAAGUUAGAGAAGAAAUUGUCAAUCUAAAUCAACAAUGGUCCAAACUCAGAGAUAGAGUAUAUAUUUUCAUUCAGACUGGGGCCAGCCACACAGAAUCUUUUGUGAAUGAUUUGAGGCAAGAAAACAAUUCUACUCUUCGAGCUGGAUUUGUGGCUGGAAGCGGUUUAGCUGGCUUGUUAAUAGCAGCUAGAAAGGGAAAGUUUAAAAAACUCGUUUAUGCCACAACUGGAGCAUCAGCUGCAUUUUAUGUUGGUUAUCCAAAAGAAUCUGAAGAAGCUACUAAAAUCAUUAAACGUUAUUCCAUUGUUUCCUAUCAUUUGAUAAAUAAUGUAACUAAGGAUUUAACUGGUUUUGAGUUGCCACCAUUACCAUUACCAAAAGCUGAAUCCCAAUCAGACAAUUCUGAAGAAACCAGCAAACCUGAUUGGACAGAACUAUUCGUUUCAUUGUUUGAAUAUGUGAAAGAACCACUGGAAUCUUUAAAACAAAUGGUUUUUAAUGAAAAAAAUGGAACAGAUGACAAGGGCAAAUAACUACUCAAAAAAGUCUAUACAUAAUAUUAUAUUUGCUAGUACAUAGUUGUUACAAUAAACGUAUUUAGCAGUGAAA